AUGUUCCACUGGGCCAGUAAGCGAGUCAAAACCGGAGUCAAAGAUGUGACUCGUGAUAUUGAGACACUACUCAGCAGUAUCAAGUCCAACGCCGAAAUGAUUCUUGAGAAUGAAAAAACCCAACUUCACACUUCAACUUCCAACCUGAUGAUCUCAAACAAGGUCCUUGAUAUUUGUUCUGACAUUCAAAAGUCUCACCGUGCUGAGGAAGCUACGGCAAACGAGUUUACUACUCAGAUUGAAACGUUGAUCAAUGCCAGUAACGAGGCCUGCCGGAAAACGAAGGAUUCCGGCCAAGUUUUUGAGAAGGCAUACAAAACACUUGGUGCGCAGCUCCCGGUACUCCGGACGGCUUUCGGGCGGAAGCGAAUACUUCCCGACGCAGCGUCUGCCAUUGAAGAGGGUAGGUCGCAUGCGGAAAUUGAAGUCAAAAGGAUGGUUACUGAAGUUAAGACGAUUGCGAAGCGAAUUAAAGAGGCGGAGGAGCUAAGGUCUGAAGCCGAAACAGAGCUGGACCGCAUAUUGCUCGUCAACACUUUCGCUCAGAUCAAUGGACAAGGUGUGAAGGCAUUGAAGGAGAAGCACCCAGGCCUCCUGAAGGACUUGGGAGAUUUGACUAAGAAGUUCGUGGAGCACAGCUCAACUUCUUGA